UGUUGUGAAUGAAAGACCUAUUGUAUCUUCUUUGUCUUUGUUUGUCUCAAUGGGCCGUCAACAGUAGAUCCAUUCAACAGCUACAAUUCACCACUCCCAACUCCAGCCUUGACCUUGGCUCAAGGAAUCGACAUCGAUAAUUCGAAGAAAGCAGAAUGACUGGCAAACCAAUAAUCCCAACCCUUCGCAUCCCAACAGCCCCCUCCUUCCCCCUCUCCUCCCCCAUCACCGAAGAAAUCCCCAGCCCGCCAUCCUCAACCUGUUCAGAUGAAAGACAUCACCGGCAUCACCGGCAUCAACCCGUCGAGGUAUCCAAGACAGCGCGGCUGAUGCCGCUGCUGCAUACGUCUGAGCGGGAUGCGCAUCGGAGUCAGAUGGUAGAGACGGAUGAGCAGGGUGGGUUGAAGGUUGCUGGUGCUGGUGCUGGUGCUGGUGCUGGCUCUGGUUCUGACGCGAGGAAGCCGGUUGGGUUGAACCUGGUAACGGAUUUCUCCUCGUCGCUUUCUGUUCCCAAGCCUAAGAAGCGGAGUCCGACGCUGGUUGAUCUGGAAAGUCUAAAGACUCUAUGUCGAACGCGAGAGCGGGAGCGAUCAGUGCAGAUGAUCAAGGGGAUUCUUAAGAAAAGGAGAUCGCAGGGUCUACGACGAAUGCAAGUGCCGGACGGGUCUUUGGAACCGAGGAGGGCUGUUUUUGAUUCGCAUCCACCAGUACCCGAGGAAGCUCACGAGCGGCCGAAUAAGAAGCGCAAAGAUGAGCUCUCACCGGGGGAUAGACCUAUUACUAUUGGACUCAGCGUUACAUAUGCUGACUCUGUGGGCUCGGAUUCGGAUAAGGGGAAGUCAAGAGAAAGAGAUAUUGAGGGUAUUGAUAGCCAGAUCACUCCCGUGACGCCGUCGAUUAUUGUCACCCCGGCUGGAGAGGAUAGUUUUUGGGAGGAUGAUAUCCCGGAGCAGCAGCAUCAUCCGAGGCCUCGCGUUGCGUCGAGUGUUUAUUCGACACCGACGCCGAAUCCUAUGAUUGAUUAUGAUGAAGUACCGCCUGUUCCUGCUAUUCCGGCGUAUCACUCUAGAGCGCCAACGGCGACGAAUACUCCGAAUUUACAGCAGGUACCGAACCCGCAACACCAGCGGAGAUCGAUUUUCAGAACGAGAAAAUCACGCGCAUACUCCACAGGAACGCUCUUCGAAGAAGACGACAGCCCUACCUCAGCACAACCGCAGCCCGAACCACAGCCCCGCCCUCGCUCCGAACGAAGAAAAGCCCUAUCCAAGCUAAGCAUCAACACAGAUACAAACCGCCACCAAUCGCAGGGAUGGUGGACAUACCUUCUCUCCCCGUUGCUGAAAUCCAGCGCUUCGGCCUCCGCAAAAACAGUAACGCCAACGAGCCCGGAUCGACCACCUUUACUACCAGAGCUACGUGCAAACUCGACUGUGUCAAGUGAAGACUGGUGGGAAAAGGAUUCCACCUCAAAAGAGGUCUCGUGCUUCUCGCCUGAUACACCCGAGACCGAGAACUGUAUCGACCCCGUUGAGUGCGGAUGGCAGGGCGUGACGACGACUACGAACCCAUUUGUGAAUAUGGAUCGGGGCUUGAACCUAAAUACAAACAGGAACGGCAACGAGAGCGGUAAUGAUAUGGCGUCGGGGAUGUUCGCGGGGCAAGUAAUUCAAGGUUGUGCGGCGGAGUAUUACCAAGCGUGUGCGCAUGAAUUGUUCAGUGGAAGGCCGUAUUUCGAGUGCGUUGGACAUGUUUGUUCGAUUACGCCGGUGGCUCCAGCUAUUCAAGUCUCUGAACCUAAGGUGGAAGAGCAACCAGGUGCGAAGGGUGUUGCUGGUUUUGCCGUUGUCGAUAAGCAUGCGGAGAUGCAGAGCCCUAAGUCUGAGGGAACCCACGCGCAAUAUUUCUCUGGAACUACGGCUGCUAACGCGCCAUCCGUGAGAGAGCCUGAGACCGGGAACAUCGCGAAGCCCAAAGAGGCCGCUCGCAAUUUGACCAUCGAAACGGGUCCUCGACAGCCUGAACUUUUGAACCCAUUCGCCCAGACGACAACAGUCCGCCCAACUACGCCAGUUACACCUUUCUGUGCCCCCCCUGUCGCUGCUUCACCUCCACCACCAGUGCCACAGACGAGCACAGCCACCACAGUUACAGUCGAAAGAGCAGUUCCUCACUACAUCGUCGUCCCGCAGAGCCAACCACCACAAGCUCCGUCCCCGGUUUCCCCGGCGUUUCAGCAGGCGACUGAACGGACUGGGAUUCCGCUAUCUAGUCUGCAAAAUGGACCGGCUCCAUCGUCUAAUGUGCAGGGCGGUCUGGAACCCCCCAAAGCGCCUGCUGCUCUUGCUAGCCAAGUCAGUCUGUGGCCGAAUCCUCAUCCCACGGGAACCACGCCAGUAAAUACAUCCAACGAUGGCCAUGUCGGCCAGUGGCCUAACCCCCACCCAGCAAGAGCCGCAACACCACCAGUCACCCAGAGAGAGUUCACUACAACACAGAUCCACGAAAAACACGACAAAUCCACCAAAAACAACGGGAAACCAAGCAUUCUGACCAAAUGCCUGAACCGCAAAACCGACAAACAAAGCAAAACAAAACGCCGCUGCUACGCCGCCAUUGCCUGCCUCUUCCUAAUGAUCCUCGUCGUCGCAAUCCUCCUUGCCGUUUUCCUUACGCAUAAAUCCGGGCCUUCUAGUCCAUCCACCGACACCAAUAAUACCACAAAAAUAACACCAACUAGCUCAAACUGGCUGAACUUAACCGGAUACCCACCUAUGCCAACUGGUCUCGCGACUAUUGCUGGCCCAAAUUCAAAAAAACAGGAAUCGGGGUGUGUAUAUCCAGAGACGUUGUGGAGUUGUGCGCUGCCGAAGGAGCAGCAGGACGAUAAUAAACCUUAUGAUGCGGACGAGCCGAACUUUCUGGUUCAGAUUCAGUUCCGUAAUGGGUCGUAUCCGAGGAGUACGGUACCUGUUUCGAAGCGGAGUGGUAGUGGCAGUGGUAAUAGUACCUGGGACCCCUCGCCCUCGGCGCCGUCUACACGAGACCAGGAGUUCCUGGGAAACACAACAGAUAAUAUCGCCGAGCCGUACGCAGGCGAGGAAACGCCGUUCUUUAUGACUUUCCUUUCGACAAAUUCCUCAUCAGACUCUUCAUCUUCGUCCGGAUUAUCACGAAGAAGUUUCUUCCCCAACCUCACAGAUAUAAUCCCACCCCCCGACUCCGACUCUGACGGCACAGCAGCCCCAGCAAACCUCUACCCCCUCCCUGAAUCUCAGCCAGUCCGAUUGUACAAUCGCGACCAAGAUGACGAGCACUACGGGUUCUACACGUACUUUGACAAGUCGAUAUUCCUCGAAUCCGACGCCCCACUAAACGGAAAUCCGGUUGAUACAAUCUCAAACGACAAGAACGGGGGUUCAACAAAGGAAAAUGCUCGUGUGAGAUGUACUUGGUCCCAAACGCGGUUUCUGGUGAAGAUCUGGACGAAGGGGGAGAAGUCGGGGAAGACGGUACUUCAGUCGUCUACCAGCACCACCUCCUCCUCUUCAACCUCCAGCCCUACCAGCACAUCCACCUCCACCAUAACGAAAGAAGACUACACCCGCCCGGGCACAUUCCCGUACCCAAUAACCCUAAACCUCGACCGCCACGGCGGCAACGCAUCCCAGAAAAUGGUCUACUGCUACGGCAUAUCCGACGACAUGAGUCUUAACUCGACGGAGAUCAAGCUACAGGUCGAGGAGAGGGGGUAUGACGGGACGCUUGUGAAUGCGGCGCCGGGGGUGUUUAAUAGCACAAGUGUUGUUAGCGAUGAUGGCUGGGGAGGGGUUGAUGGAGGGACGGGAGGGUGUGGGUGUGAGUGGGUUAAUUGGGGGGCUUAGUUGUUGAAUUUUGAUUGUAACUGGGUUGGGUUUUUUUGACGAAUUGAAGACGGUGGGAUAGAUUUGGAUAUGAUAUAUAAUUAAUGUAUUAUUAGCAUUAGCUAACAAACAAGCAAUGAUUAAACCAAAACAAACGCCUCC